AUGAUGAACCGAAAAACAGAACAUACCCGUGAAUCUGAUUUGGAUUACUACCAGAGUAGAUAUUCCGAAGAGUUGAAAGAUAAUUACCAUAAGCUCCAAAUCUCCGACGCAACAUUUCGGUGUCCGUUCUGUUACAACAAGGAUUAUUAUUCUUUGACUGACCUUUUGAGACAUGCUUCAAGGAUUGUUGCUGACGUGCAUGGAGAGACUGUGAAAGAAAUUGCUAAACAUUCUGUCCUUGUAAGGUAUCUUGACUCUAAAAUUUCUGAAAAUAAGUCGAAUGAUAUGAAUGUUGAUGAUACUGUUAAUGCUGCUGAAGAUGAGUUGUUUGUCUGGCCUUGGGUUGUAGUUCUGGCUAACAAUGUUGCAAAAUUUGACCCAAAGUCUGGUGAGUAUUUAAGGAAGAGUAAAAAGGAUAUUCAGGAGGAACUGCUUGCGAAAGGGUUUCAGCCGCUGAAUGUUACACCAAAGUGGACUAGUGGAGGGCAAACAGAGUUUGUGAUAGUUGAAUUUGGAACAGAAUGGAAUGCUUUCACCAAUGCUUUCAAACUAGAAAGAAGAUUUGAAGAAGAACAUUGUGGUAAGAGAGAUUACUUUGGUUUAGAGAAGCAAGAGCGAGGAGAUAAACUUUUUGGGUGGAUGGCACGUAGUGAUGACUAUAAUUUAAGGGAUAUUGUUGGCAAUCACCUCCGGAAAAAAGGGAAUUUGAAAACUAUUUCUGAAAAAGAAGCUGAGGAUAAAAGGAAAGCCUUAAAGUUUGAAUCUAGUUUGACAAACACUUUAAAGCAGAAGAAGAAGGAAUUGGAAGAAAUAACAAGAAAGUAUGACGAGAUCGUUGAUAUUAAGCCGGUUGCAGAGGCAUCCAAGAGAAAGUUUUCUGAUGAAGAGAAUUGGAAAGCAUCUAAGAUUAAACUUGAUGAUGAAAGGAAAAUGAAAGCAUCUCAGUGGAAUGAUUAUCAAGGGAAUUCCAAGGAGAUAUUAGAUGAAAAUGAUGAAAAACAAUGGAAGUUGUCCAAACAAAAGAAGGACUAUUAA